AUGUCAGCGCUUCAGGGGGGCCUGAAGGGGCUGAAGAGGGAAGCGGCAAGGGCAGAUGUCCCAACGAAUGAAAAAACACAGAUGAUAAAAACAUACAACAGCCAGGAUUCGCAUGUGGUCACCCACCAUACUACUAACUGGCCGGCGUGUGGCUUAAGUACGGCUGAGCGGACGGGAAGCCCUGUUCUCCACACCCUAUGGUCGUAUGUGCUGAUUACCAGCAGAAAACAAAAUAUAUGCCCUAAUACUCCUAAUUAUAAUGCAUAA